CAAUUCUCAAGUCUUAACUCCUUUGCGUGUUAGUCAUUAGUCUUCUAAAUUCAAUUCCCAACAAGAUUGAGAAAAUGGCAGAUCUAGCUUACAUUUUAGCUGGAAAUGUGUUGGACAGGUUAGGCUCCAUUGCUUACAACAAAAUUAGCUUGGCACAUGGCAUGAAAGAUGACCUCGAAAAGCUUAAGCUAAUCACACUCAGCCUCCAAGAAGUUCUCCCAGAUGCAGAAACUAAGCAGGAACAGAGGCCAUCACUCAAAACUUGGGUCACUCAGCUUAAAGAUAUAUUCAACGAUGCAGUGGAUGUAUUGGAUGAAUUUGAGUGCGAACUACAAAGGAGAAACGUUGUCCAACAAUAUGCCUCUUUCAAUAGAAAGGUACGUCGUUUCUUUUCGUAUUCCAACCCACUUGCCUAUCGUUUUAGUGUAGCUCAUCGAAUUAAAGAGAUAAGGAAGAAGUUAGAUGAGGUUGAUAAGAAUAUGAGACAGUUUCAAUUGAUCAAAACCCCAUUGAAUGUGGAAGAAAGUUUCAGAGAAACUCACUCCUUUGUUAACCUUUCAGACGUUAUUGGUAGAGAUCGUGAAAAGAGGGAGUUUGUAGAUAUAGUAUUGAAGGACAAAACUCAAGAAAGUGAUAAUCAAAUUCCUGUUAUAUCUGUAAUUGGGAUUGGAGGUUUAGGAAAGACUACACUUAUCAAAAUAGUAUACAAUGAUGAUGAAAUUAAAGAAAAGUUUGAUUUAAGAAUUUGGGUAUGUGUCUCUUUGGAUUUCAAUGUGUCUAAAAUAGUAAAAGAUAUUCUUAUAGAUGCAACUGGCAAUAGUAAUGUUACAAGUAACUCGCCUAGUUUAAACCAGUUGCAAAAAUCCUUGAUAAGCACCUUGAAAGGUAAAAAAUUUCUACUUGUAUUGGAUGAUGUAUGGAAUGAGGAUUUUUCAAAGUGGCAGGCAUUGGCAGAGUUGUUAUCGGUGGGUUCUAAGGAAAGCAGAAUUAUAGUGACAACACGAAACAGUGAAGUUGCUUCAAUCAUGGGUGAAACAAAUACGUAUGAAUUGAAGGGUCUCCUUGAGAAGGAUUGUUUCUCUUUAUUUUUCAGGUAUGCGUUUGGAAGUGAAGCAACAGCAGCUGAGUAUCCACAGCUCAAACAAAUUGGUGAGGAAAUUGUGAGAAAGUGUGGUGGGGUUCCCUUGGCAUUGAAGACAUUGGGUAGUCUUCUUCGGUUAAAGAAAUGUGAAGCUCGUGAAUGGGAAAUCAUAAGAGACAGUAAAAUUUGGGAGUUAAAAGAAGUGCAACGUGACAUUUUGCCGAUAUUGCGAUUAAGUUACAAUGCAAUGUCUCCGUAUUUGAGACAAUGUUUUGCUUAUUGCUCAGUAUUUGAAGAGGAUACUACAUUGCCCCACAUUUGUUUGAUUAGGAUUUGGAUGGCACUUGGAAUGCUUCCCUCACCUAAAAACAAAGAGGAGCUCGAAGAUAUCGGUGAGUCAUGUUUUAUAGAGUUGUGCAACAGAUCUUUCUUUCAAGCCGACCAUGAUCAAGAUUAUUUUGGACUCAUCCUAGCCUUUAGAGUGCAUGAUUUAAUUCACAACUUUGCAUGCUCAAUAACCCAAAAUGAGUGCUCAAUUAUAAAUUCCGACGACAAUAGAGAGAUAUCUGAUCUGGUAAGAUAUUUAAGAGUUGUUAUCAAUGAGAAUAACUUGAAAAAACUGAGUAAGCUAAAGAAACUGAAGUGUAUCCAUGUUAAGUGUACCGGGGAAGAGAAGGAUGAAGUUGUGCAGUUAUUCCUUUCUACAUGCAUCUCAACAUUCAAGAACUUACGAGUGUUUGAUUUAUCAGAAUUAUCUUUUGAGGUGUUGCCAAGUUCGAUUGGGAGCAUGAAGCAGUUGAGAUAUCUUGAUUUAUACAAUAAUGAAAAGAUAAAGAGAUUGCCUGAUUCAAUUUGUAAGCUGCAAAGUUUACAAACUUUGAUUUUUGGUGGAUGUGUGGAGCUUGAGGAAUUACCUAAGGGUAUAUGGAACUUGGUAAGCCUUAGAAUUCUUUCAUUAACCACAAAACAGACCCUUUUAGGAGAUUGUGGAAUUGGUCGAUUAAAGUCUAUUCGUAUAUUAAUUAUUUUGAAUUGUAAGAAUUUGAAAGCCUUGCCAGAUGACUUGAUAUACUGCACUACAUUAAAUACUCUUGCAAUAAUUGGUUGUCAAGAAUUAAUGUCUCUACCAAAAGGGAUGGAAUGCCUCACAUCAUUACAUACUCUCAUAAUAUUGGGUUGUGAUCAACUCAACUUAGCAAGUGAAAGUAUUAAAGAAGAUGUCCAAUGGAGACUUCAGACAUUUGUGAUUGAUGAGCUACCAAUGACAACAGAUCUGCCUCAAUGGCUCCAACAUGCUGCCAAGACCCUGCGACGAAUACAGAUUGAAGAUUGUUCCAAACUAGUGAGACUGCCGGAGUGGCUGCCAAAACUCAUGUCACUCGAGAAGCUUGUGAUUAAGGAUUGUCCAAAAUUGUUGUCCCUUCCCGAUGGGAUGGAAGGCCUCACCUCCCUUACACAUUUGAAGAUUGAAGAUUGCGAUGCAUUAGAGGAAAGAUGCGAACGAGAAGUAGGCCCGGAUUGGCAUAAGGUCGCUCAUGUUCCCAACCUUUCUAUCGGUGAAGAUGAUUGAUAAUGACAAGAGGAGAAGUACAUGAAGAAGAAGACAUCAAAUCUAGGCUAUUGAGGAACAAUUGAGGAAGAGAAGAUAUUGGUGACAAUUUUGAUGAGUUAUUUAUGGAUACCGUUGCAACUGAGGAAAAUGAGGAGCUUUGCUGAGUUGUUGAAGCACCCGAAAUAGAUGAGUAAAUAUGAGUUGUUUUUUAGCAUAUGCACCCCUUUAAAGCACCCGAACUAGUUGGGUUUUAAGGGAUUUUUUUAAUUGUAAGUACAAGGGGAUAGUGGGGCUGCAUGUCACUAGCACAGUUAGGCUAUGUAAUUGUAUGGAAGUUGGAUUUUGGUGAGUGAAGGAAAAUGUAGAAAAAAAUAUAUAUAAAUCAAUUUUUCAAGUUUGGUACUGAAAUUUUGUUGAAUUGAGUGUUUUUUAUACAAUUUUUUUGAAUAUUGCUAUUCGGCAUU